AAAUAUCGAUGAAUAUCAAUAUCCCUAGCACAUCUCUAAAACAACCACAAACAAAUUAAAAAAGAUUCGGCCUCUUUUUCCGUCAAUUUGACAAAAUGACGAAAGGCACGUCAAGUUUCGGUAAACGCCGCAAUAAGACCCACACAUUAUGUAGAAGGUGUGGUAGAUCAUCGUAUCAUAUCCAAAAGUCGAAGUGUGCUCAGUGUGGCUACCCUGCAGCUAAACUACGAUCUUACCACUGGUCAGUAAAAGCUAAGAGGAGGAAGACCACUGGCACUGGCCGCAUGCGUCAUUUGAAGAUUGUAAGGAGGCGUUUCCGCAAUGGUUUCAAGGAGGGUAAACCUACUCCUAAAAAAGCUGUAGCAUCCUCGUAGAUUUAUUGUUAAACAUCAAUAAAACAUUUAAAACCAUGAAAGCUUU